AUGGAGUCUAACAACAUCUGCGGCAAGGUCCUUUCCAAGGCCACAGCACAGCACUACCUCGAACUCACGCUAAGCCUUCACAACCUCAUCAUUUUCACACUCGACAGUGACAACAAGUACUGUCUAGCAAGCCAAAAGCAAGAUACUUGGUCCCUCCGCUCUGCUCGUCACCCAGACCCCCUGGACGAAAACAUUUCAAAUAUCAAGAGCAGAAUACAUUCACGCCAUGUGGGGUUCUACGAAGACUGGAAAGAGAUCAAGUAUGAAGCCGCAUUCAAGUGGCCUGUUUCCGAACACGCAGGCUCACUGUGGACGAUAUUCGCAAGAGCCAUGGAUCAAGAUAGACCAAUCUACGAAAUGAGAAACUGGUUCUCGCACGACUUUGGUAAGCGUGGUGGCACUCUUGAGGUGGAGAACGAAAAGUUCAACGAAUUGAAAGAGGCAUAUGAAAGUCUUCUUCCAGGUCUUACUGAACUACUAGCGAAGCUUGAACUAGCACUCCAGGAUGAGGCGGCUUGGGUGUCGGAGUCCAAGGUCAAGGCUAGGAAGUAUGAAGAGAACCAGCCUGAGUAUACCAAGGAUACGAUGGUGGUUCAGUUGGAGCUUGUGGCACGUCAAGAGAAGUUUAUCGCGAUGACGAAGCGCAUUGAGAUCGAUGACGCCGCUGAACCGGAGUGGGUUGUGAAGGAGGUUGAAGUAGAAGAAGAAUGGGUUAGUAACACAGAGGAGGGUGUGAUACCAUGGGCCAAUAUUGGUGAAGUCAACGGGAGUCUUUGGGACUAUGCAUCGAACACGGACGAGGACUCGUCAGAGUGCACCGAGGAUUUUCCGGCUUCAUCAUCGCAAGACCCUGACGACUGGGCAUACGACUCUGGAUACGAAGAUGACGAGGGGCUCCCAGAUCUUACCUUCACGAUGAUGUUCUCUCAGUACUCCGUCGCGACCGUCUUCAUGCUGGUAACAGGCAUCACUGCAACACUAGACCCUGCGACUUCGAACACAAACGGCAGCUACCCUUCAGCUCCCAGCUGUUCACCCAUCAAGACCAGCAAAGCUAUCCAAGCCGCCGAGUGCAGCCACAACACACGCACAUCCAAGCAGACCUUCGCCGUAUUCACUCAGGACCACCAGUACGAUGGCAACCACGGCUGGCCUUAUGGAACAUGCGAAGCAUACAACUGCGCGCCAGGAUCGGCGAUGAAGGCCAAAGCCGGUACCUGGACAUUCUUCUGGGAUGCAGCAGGUGUGAAGGGUGAGGAGAGCGGUGACGGUGCGGGAUGCAUCAAGAGCCCUAAGGAUAGCACUUGCGGAUGUGAGAACUCCGAUGGUACCUUCAUCUACAAGGGAACCAAUUGCAAGUAG